GAUCAUUUACGUGCUUGCACCAGUUUCCUCACAGACACUCUCUACAAUUGUUCACAAUCUAGUUCUUCUGGCUGCGAAAAUGUCUGUAAGUCGGAACUUUCUGUGCUGAUACGCAGGCCUGCGGAACAAUAUCAAUUUUAAUUGGAAUUAUUUCUAGUGGUUUUGUGCCAAACAACUUUCCGUGGCUGGAAAAAAAACUACGAGCUGGUGCCUGUCUGACUUAUUUGCCCUCAGUCAGGAUACAGUACAGUCAGAUGUUCUUUGCCACGGUGGCAGUGAUAUCUGAAUUUGGGGCCCCCAGAUGGCAGCGCGAAGUUACUGACCGUAUGUAGUCUCUCUAACUAGCCCAAACUGAUGUCAUUGCACGGUUGUAUGGUCGGAGAUAUAACACAGUGCCCGAAGAAUGGCGGACAACUGGUGGGGAAGCUGGAUUCAUCAGAACGUCGCGAAGGCGAAAGCCAAGUCUGCAAAAGCCGUGGAACUUUUGAAGUGUGACCUGGCCGAAUUCAGACAGGUUAUCCAAGAUGAUACUGUGUCUACUAUUGCUGCCACAGCUUUAGCAUUCAAAGAAAAGUUGAAUGUUGAGGAGUCCUCAGAAGGAUGCCAUCGGGUCAGCAAAGGGCUUUCAAGUUUUCUUGGAGCCAUCUCAGAAGCAUUUGCCCCUGUGGUAGAAGAAUCACACACACCUCAUGUGAGCACAGUCAAGGACAUUCAGUUGAAACUUGGUGACUCUUAUGAUGGCGUUAAGGUUCGCUUAUGUAAUCUUCAGGCUGAUCCAGCAACAUACUGUGCUAAACCAGAUGAACAAUAUAAUGUCUGGCUGUCGGGCUUCAACUUGGAAAGUGAGAAGUUCACAAUAUCGAAACUCCUGGUUGACAGGACAGAAAUAAGAGAUCUUUACACAAAAUUGGUCCCAAGUGAAGUGGCUCAUAAUGACUUCUGGUGUCGGUAUUUCUAUAGAGUACAUCAACUUCAUCAGGAGGAAGCAAGGAGAACAGCUCUGAAAGAGAGAGCAGAGCAAACUGUGAACUCUGAGGACCUCAAGUGGGAUGAUGAAGAUGAAUUUGAUACCUCAAGUAUAAAUGUUGGUGUUGAAGGUAGACCAAAUUAUAGAAAUCUAGAAACUGAAGACAACAGCGUGAAGCCAAGAGGAACUUCCGAAAGAUUAGAACCUGGUCUAGGCAUCACCAUGGCAAGUCUACCAGAAGGCACAUCGCAUGAACCCCAGCAACUUGCAAAGCUUUCUGUUGCAGGCAGUGAAAGAAUCAAAUGCAAAACCUUUGUGGGAGAAGCCAGGAAAAUGUCAGAACCGUUACUGAAAAUUGAAAGAACGCAAGGGUGUAAAAGUUCUUCAAAAGAAGAAGGAAUUCAUAAUGAGAUGCUUGAGAGCAAAUAUACUGAUCUGGCUGCUUCAGACUCUGCUGAGUGUCCCCUCUCCUCUUCUAACCUAAGAUCCGUUGAGAAUAUGCAUUCACUGUCUAACAUUGGCCAAUAUUUAAAAUUACAAUUUGAUUAUAGUGUCAAAGAAUCAACUUUAGCAAAAGAAAGUACUGCAAACUCUGUUGAAAACUGUGAUGAAGACCUUGAUCUAGAUAUGACUGAAGAAGAAAUCCAGAUGACUUUAUCCCGAGCUGAAGACUUGGGAGAGCUUGAGAUCGAAGAGUGGGAAGAUUGGGUAUGUGAACAGAAGUGAAAUCUUUUGGCUCCUUUUGCUACAAUCUAUAGAGUUGGUUGCAAAAAACGCAUUUGUAACCUACACAAUCGAUUGCCUUUCCCUGCAUUCAGCAUCAUGGUAGUCAAGUUUACUACUUUUUAUGAAUAAUUGUCACUUUUAAUUUAUUGUGUAGCAUUCUGCAUCAUGGUAGUCAGGUUUACAACUUUUUAUAAAUAAUUGUCACUCUUAUUGUGUAGCUUUAUGAGGUAAGAAGUGUAUAAAGCAUUAUAUUUCAUCUAUAGAAGUAAAUGGUAGCCUUGGUUAUUAUUUUUAUACAUCAGCAGAAAAAAAUAUGAACUUCCUUUUUAAAAGUUUUCAGGAUUAUUAUAUAAUAUUGUGGAAUGCUGAAAGUGGGCUGGCACAGUCAAUUCCCGCUGCUGCCUGUAUGGAGUUUGCAUGUUCACCCCAUGGUUUUCCUUGGGGUGCUCCAGUUUCCUCCCACAAUCCAAAGACAUACAGGUUGGUUGGUGCAAAUUGUCCCAUGACUAGGCUAGCAUUAAUUCAGUGGAGUGCUGGGUGGCUUGGCUUGGAGGGCCAGAAUUCCAUGCUGUAUCUCAAUAAAAAUAAAAUAACUUUGA